CGUGAACGGAACGCGGUUAGUGGAAACAUGUCUGCCGUUUGUGUUAUUUGACGUAAAUAUUGACGAAAAUCAAGUUUCUGUUUUCAUUUGCGUAGUGAUUAUCGGUGCUAUUUCAUUAUUAUAAUGUGUGUGGAUGUGCAGUGAUCCGUUCAUAUGAGGCUGCUAUAUAAAACAGGUCCAAUGGAGUCACUAAGAAAGUGGUUCUAUAAACCGAAGAGGGACGACCGGUCGCUUCUAGCGCAGUUCUUCUUCGCCGAUGACGCACUCAACAUGGUCGCGGCAGAAUUGGACUCGUUUGACGGCCGAAAAGACCCGGAGAGGUGCUCCACACUCGUCAAUCAGCUGAGACAUGCACAGGACCGCGUGCUGAACAUCACAAGUCAGAUAAUGGACCAGCUGCUGGGUGACGAGCGAGUGGCGCGCGGCUUCAGGGUUAAGUUUCCUGAGGAUGUGCUGCAAGACAACUUGGCGGGGCAGCUCUGGUUCGGUGCUGAGUGCCUAGCCGCCGGCUCCUCGAUAAUGAAUCGCGAGGAAGAAUCAGCGGCGAUGCGUCCGCUGGCCAAGGCCCUCACUCGGAGUUUGGAGACUGUUCGGUCAUUACUCCGGGAACAGUGUCUCAGACCGCGAGGCAUGGCCUUGUCGCAACAUGAUGAUAUGCUGCACGAGAGCUUGAGGAUAUUUGACAGAUUGUUCGCGGAGUUCGAGCUAUGCUACGUCAGCGCUAUGGUGAACGUGAAGACGCCGCACGAGUUCGAAGCACAGCAAUUGAUUUGCGUUCUAUUCUCUGAGAGCUUACGGCGAGCGCUCAAACAGAAUUUGCUCACACAGGAACAGGUGGACUCGUACGACCCUGCGUUGAUGUUCGCUGUGCCGCGACUGGCCAUAGUCAGCGGACUGCUCAUAUACUCCAGCGGACCUCUCAGUAUAGACAAGCCACCAGAGGAGAUGUCGGACAUGUUCCGUCCGUUCCGCACGCUGCUGCACAAGAUCCGCUCGCUGCUGUGGACGUUGGACCGGCGCGAGCUGCUGGCGCUCGAGCGACUGCUCUGUACCAACGAGGACAUCUCCAAUCUCGCCGCGUUGGACUUGCCCGCCGAUCCAGAAACAUCAAACGACUGGUCAUGUCCGUACCCAGACCUCGGAGAGUUUGUGUCGAGGUUCUACGCAGACCACGCCAACUGCAGAGACUUAUACUCACAGCCAAGCUCAAGUGAUCCGAUAGCUGACGGAGAUUACCUCCCAGACAACAUAGAAGUGAUGACUCCAAUCAUAGACGGACUACGUCGGCUCAGUGAAGGCACGGCCGACACUACGGGACAUGAAUCAGAACACGAGAGUCACACCAGACUGUACUCAGACACCACUAGCACUGACACAUUCCACACCAACGAUAGCAAGGACUACAUCGAUAGAACUAGGAAAACCAGCAAAACGGAGCCCAGUGAGCUCUCCUCACUAAGAAAUCUCUCCACCAGCGGGCUCAUGAUGUUCGAUCCCCUGGUCAUCCACGCCGCCCCUGAAACACGCCCCGUGCCAGACCAUGAUCUCGUCACCUCUUUAAAUGACCAGGUCACUGAGAUCGCUGAUAGACUUUCCUCUAUAGCCACCAGCGACGUCGACAUACUCGACCACAAUCAAAUGCACUCCUUCUCCACAAACGACGUCCCCACACUCAUAUCGACUGACGAUUCCGAAGCUUACGGCUUCUCCGGACCUAGAAACGAACAAUUAAGCUGUUUGCCUUCAACGAGUCACGGGUAUCUUAUUCCCAACGCCAUCAGUCACGAGCCCGCCGUACUAUCUUCCCUCUCUCACAAUAACUCAGCCGUCUUUAAUCAAGAAGACGAAUCCGGCAACGAUAUGAACGGAGCCAUGCUGAACUCUGAUCUCCCGCUCAUUAUCCCUGACAAUAUUGACGCGGACAUUGUAAAUACUAAUAUAUCGAUAGCUAACGCUAAUUUAAGUUCGCUCCUACUAACAAAUGAAGAGUAUAAUAAUUUAGUUGAUAACGACGCUGCGGACGGUGAUAACACGAGUUUCCAUUCGGCUAAGAUGACGCUAGAUAGAGAGGACGAGCGAGUUAAGUUUAUGCUAGGAUACGAGAGCGAACACGAGUCGCCGGUCGACUCGGGCGUCAGUACUGAGAACACUAGUUUAGAUAGAUCGCCCGACUCCGACCAGAGUAAGGAAAUCAAAGACAAUCACUUCAUGCAACAAAACAGGGUACUAAAGAGUCCGGACGCCGAGGCAGACGACGACAAACACACCAAAAACACGUUAGAAAGUUCCUUUUCCGAUGUAAAUAGCGACGUUACUGUAAAUAUUAAUUACGUUGAAGACGACAGCAGUAAGAACGAGGCGGGCUCGUCGUCCACCAUAAUGGAUAAGGUUAUAAAUAGGUUAAGUUCGGACGAGGAAGGGUUGAACGAGGCGACCAAUGUAAAUAGCGAGGCGAGGCGAGUGUUGCAAGACUGGGGAGCGAAUGCUACUGAAGAAGAAUACAGGACUAUCGACGAAGUUAUCACUGAAUUGAGGAGACACAGAGAGUCCGAUAAGAAGAUUAGUUCGCUAGUUGACGAAGACAAUAAUGGUAGUUCUAACGCGGACGUGGGACCGUCCCAGUCCCGACCGAAGAAGAGUAGAAAGUCGAGUAGUAAGAGUAAAAAGAAGAAGAGUAAGAUCUGGUCGCCCGGUAUGGUGAUAUUAGAUAACCGGUCGACACAGAACCAGAAUAGUCCUUUAAGAUUGAAUUUGGAUCAUUUUGUUGAUGAAAGUGGCACGUCAUGCGGCGCGUCAGAAUGUGCAGACGACGAACAAAUAGCGCUCGCUCUGCAGGCGCAGGAACUAGCGGCCAGACAACAUGCACGGGGGAAGUUCAAAUCAAGCGAAGACCUAAUCCACCGUCUGUUCGUAUGCAUCGCCGGUGUAGCGGACCAAUUACAAACAAACUUUGCGGCGGAUCUGCGCAAUAUAUUGAAAUCUGUGUUCUUAAUGAACCAGUCGCCUGACCCACCUGAACCGGUCGAGGAGAAGACUCCUGCUAUUGAGUAUGAAGCAACUGAGGACCAGGUUAUACAGAAUGGCAGCUCAUUCGACAGCGUGUACUCUGCAGAGGAAGUGUACGCGGACAGUACGUCGGACUCCACGUCGGACGGCGGCGCGCGACCUGCCGCGCCCGCGCCCGCCGCGCCCUCUACGCGCCACAAGUCGCUGGAUACUACCGGGAACCUGCAGGCUUCGGUGUCUACUGGAGAUCUUACUUACAGAGAGAGCGCGGGCCCGGAGCGCCUGCCGGAGUGGGUGCCGGACAUCGCGGCGCCGGCCUGCAUGCGCUGCGCCGCGCACUUCACCGCCUUCCGCCGCCGGCACCACUGCAGGAACUGUGGCAAAGUAUUCUGCGCAUCAUGCAGUUCAAAUUCAAUUCCUCUACCACGCUACGGGCAAUUGAAACCAGUACGAGUAUGUGACGAGUGCUUCAAAACUAUCGCCAGCCACUGUCGUCGGCCGCAGACUUCUCAGUACCGGUGAAACUUCAUUAUAUUACUUACCCUAUACGAUAUUACUUAUUUAUAUGUAUACAGCUGACUCGACAAGCGAAAAUAACCCUUAUUACUUCAAGAUAAUGGUCAUACUUUCAUGUCUAAACAUUCUGUGACAAUCGAAAGUUGACCGUUAUUAUUUGAUGAAUAAUGAUUCAAAAUUGUAUGCACGUUGCGUGUGAGUCAGUAAGUUUACUAGACUUGGUCGCUUGCCCGCUUUCGGAUGUCCGAAUAUUCUUUUUUAAGUACUUAAUCACUUGAUAUAAAGCCCCAAAAUUUGUUCAUACAAAAGUAGUCUCUAAACAUCGGAAAUAAGGUCUAUAAUGGAGUUAGAGGAGAGUGGUCACCGGUGACCGCUUGGGGAUUGAUCAGUUAAUGCGUUUUUUCAUUCUGAAACCUAUAAUGAAAUCUGGCAUUACUUUUGAUUUAAUCUUUUAACCGUUUUUAUUAUAUUUGUUAAUAAUUAUAAUUAUUAUAUUAGUUAACAUCAUAUUAUUAGGAAUAUUGAUGUUGUUUGUACGUUCUUUAUCAAUUUUCUUAAGUUUCGGAAUCAUCUGAAUUUUAAAAAACGACCAAAGUCUUAUCAUACGAUCGUACGAUUCAUACAUAAGUAAUUUCGUAUAGGGUAACGUUAAUCGAUAUUUUUGACCAUUCUGUACAAUAAUCGGUUUUGUAAUAAUAGUACCUAUAGACUAUGACUUACUGUUCAAAAUGGGAGAGCAAGACAGCUUAUAACAAGAACUAUAAAAAAGGUUUUUAUAUGGAUAUGUGUGUAAUAGAGAUGGUUCUUGUGGUCAGUGUCUAGAGCGAAUUUGUUUUAGGUUAACGAGCACGACAUGUUGAUGACGUUCGACGUACAAGGCGCUUACUCUUGAAACCAAUUUCAAUAUCAAUUUUAAUCCAACCCAUAAAAUCUCAAUAACUAUUCAAUGUCAACGCAAUACAAUGGAGUUGUAUAUCGUAGCUGUUAAAAUAGCAUUCAGAGUACGGAAUAUAAAGCCAAACUCAAUACUAUGUAGUUUAUUUAAUAUCCACACUACGGAUGCAAUGUGGCGCUAGUGUAGCAAUUCAAGAGUACGAAACGUCACUGUAUCAAUAUCGAUUGAUCGGAACUGGAUUCAAGAGUAAGCCCCUGAUUGGUUGUUGGAAGUUAACCAAUCAGAAGGCUGAACGCAGUAAUAUGUUGAUUGCGUUAACGUAAAACCAACUUGUACUAGGCACUCUGUCUCGCUCACUCCAUCAAAACAGUGAGUUAAAUAAAGCUCCCAUAUUACUGUUAAAAUGUUAAUUUUUUUUCGUAAAUCACAAUAAUUAUUGUUAUUAAUUUUAUACUCUAUGUUUGUACAUGUUUUAACAUUAGUGUGGGAGUCUAACACUCGAAUACGGAAAGGUUUUAAGUCGCGCUUAAUUAUAGUUCUGUCGCUACAAAUUCUUUGUGAAAUGAUAGAGAUAGCACGAUAUUUAAGUGCAACUAAAAACUGAAUAGCCUUUCAGUAUUCGGGCGUAAGAAAUAACUAUUUUAAUACACUAGUUUUCACAUUUUAUUCAUCUGGAGUUGUUUUCAUUCUUCUUUCAAUAUCAGACCUUAUUACGUGAUAUUGAAGAUGAGAUUGCAAUCAUCAUUUGACUUAUUUUACGACGUUUUUCCAAGAUAAGUUCGGACUCCAGUAUAAUGAAAAGUAACUGUUUCUUUUUCAACUUAUUGUGUUCGAGAUAUAUUGUAAAGUGAAUAUUUCCCCUUAUAUUCGAUUUUUCGUCCAAUCAUAGUGUAUUUUUACUAUCGUAAUGUUAUUUCAAAAUACACUUUGUGGGUAUUUGUUUAAGGUUUAUAUUUGCAUUGGAAAUUUUGAAUAUCAUCAUUAUCAAGAUAAAAAAAUCGUUCAAGCAAAUAUAGUCCUUAAGUAAAUACGAAUAUUGUUGAUAACGGUGUUGAAUAAAUAAAUAAAAAUAUGUAUAAGUUUGUUUCAUAUUGACUGAUAUAAAAUUUUCGCGUAAGGAAUUUCCAUGUUUGGUUAGGUAGCUCUCUAAAUAUUAUUAUUGUUGCUACGUGUUUUAUUGUAAUAAGGUUAUUAUUUGCAUACGCCAAUAAUGCCAUUUUUUAGAAAGACUCGAACAGAAUUCCGGAGUUAUGUAUUGAAAAAUAGUCUUUAACGCUUUUAGCUUUAGGGUUCUAAGCUCAUGAACGUGAAGUAAAGAUAAUAGUAAGAGAAUAGUCUUCCUUGUUAACUAAAUACGUAGGGUAAACAAAGGUAACACUGCUAUCGCAAAUUAUUAUCAAGUUUCUUCAAUGGACUUUAAACUGAAAAUAUGUGUAAUAAAGUCGAAAUUCCAUUGAAGACAUUGAAGAAAGAUUAGCUAAAUACAUAAAUAAAUAAACUACAGUCUUCCGAAAUAUCGUAUUGCAAUAAUACGUUAACAAAAUCCGCCUUAGUCCAUGAUAUAAGUUUUAUCCAUAAAUACAU